GCACGAGAAGCUCACAAAUUUAAGCGGAUACCUCGUUGGAAGCAACGGAAGAGGAUCGUGAUUACAGCCAUCAUCUUUGAGAAAGUUGUCUCUUUGCAGGAUUCGCAUCGGAUAGCUAUCAGCAUCAUUCAAUAUGAAUCCUAACGCUAGAUCGUUCGCUUUUAAUCCAGCGGCACAAGGUUUCAUGCCACCUCAAGUUGCUGCCCAGUACCAACAGCAACAACAAGGAGCAGGAAAUCAGCAACAAGGAGAGCAACAAAAUAAUGAAAGUCAACAACAAGCCGGAGCUGGUGGUUCUAGUCAGCAACAACCUUACUACCAACAAGGUGGUUAUGCUGGCUAUCCCCAACAAGGCGGAUACAAUGCAGGGGGAUACGGAGCGCAACAAGGUCAAGCUGGAGGAUUCUAUGGCGGUAAGCAGGGAGGAUACUACCAACAAGGAGGGUACGCACAACAACAAUACCAACAAACUUCUCAACAAUCACAGCCUGCUCCUGUUCCACGUGCAACCGGUGGCUUGCCUCCAAAGCCAUCUGCAGCUGAUCCCGAUCGCAAGCCUGUUGUAAUGAGCUUGGGCGGUGGCGCUCCUUCGACGACAAAUAACGACUCAGUCCCGAAGAAACCAGUCAGUAUCUCCAUUGGCGGACCAAAGAAGGACGAAGCACCAAAGAAGCCAGUCAACAUCUCUAUUGGAGGAGCUGCUGCUACUGCUGCCUCAACACCCGCUCCUGCUGCAGGCGUUGCAGCAAUCAAGAAAGAAGCUACAUCCGGCACACAGAAAACCGCAAGCCCACCAGGAUCACGCUCAGAAUCACCUACACCUGUGACGGGAUCGACAGCUGGUGCAGCAAAAGAUGCCAAGACGCCAGGAUCUGGACAAGCAGCCAAAAAGGCAGCAAAGGUUGAUCAAAAAGUGGAAAAGAGUGAAACAAACGCUGAAAAAAUUUUGCAAGAAGCCAGCAAAGCUACAGAUGAAGAGACAAUGCGGGACCUGUUCGGCGAUAAAGUUGACGAUAUGAAGUCACAUCUGAACAUCGUUUUUGUCGGACAUGUUGAUGCCGGUAAAUCUACAAUGGGAGGUCAAUUGUUGCAUUUGACCGGAAUGGUGGACAAACGUACAUUGGAAAAGUAUGAACGGGAAGCCAAGGAUGCCGGUCGUGAGACAUGGUAUUUAAGUUGGGCUUUGGAUUCCACACCUCAAGAACGUGAAAAGGGAAAGACUGUGGAAGUCGGACGUGCUUAUUUCGAAACGGGAAAAAGACGUUACACGAUUCUUGAUGCUCCAGGACACAAGACAUACGUUCCAAGUAUGAUCAGCGGUGCUGCACAAGCAGACGUGGCACUUUUGGUGAUCUCAGCACGUAAGGGUGAAUUCGAGACCGGUUUCGAACGUGGAGGACAAACACGUGAACAUGCUAUGUUGGUCAAAACUGCAGGUGUUCAACGUUUGAUUGUUGUUGUAAACAAGAUGGAUGAUCCAACGGUCCAAUGGGAUCAAAGUCGUUUCGAUGAGAUCGUCACCAAAUUGACGCCUUUCUUGAAGGGCAGUGGUUUCAACCCAAAGACUGAUAUCACUUUCAUUCCUGUUUCAGCAUACGCUGGACAGAACUUGAAAGAUGCGGUCUCUAAGGAUAUCUGCUCAUGGUACUCUGGACCUCCUCUAUUGCAAUACCUUGAUGAUCUCAAUCUUGGCGAUCGUAAAAUUUCUGAGCCUCUCAAGAUGCCAAUCAGCGAAAAGUACAGCGAUAUGGGCACAGUUGUCGUGGGCAAGAUCGAGGCAGGAAAAGUCAAGAAGGGUGAUAAUCUGCUCUUGAUGCCUAACAAGAGCAAUGUCGAAGUGAUGGCCAUCUUCAAUGAAACAGAAGAUGAAGUUCCAGCUGCCAUCUCCGGUGAUAAUGUUCGAAUCAAGAUUAAAGGUGUUGAUCAUGAAGAUGUUAGCGUCGGUUUCGUUUUGACAGAUUCUUCUAAACCUGUUAACACUGUUCGUCGUUUCGAAGCACAAUUGGCAAUUCUAGAAUCGCGGAAUAUCAUUUGUGCAGGUUAUAGCGCAGUGAUGCACGUUCAUACAGCAAGUGAAGAAAUCACACUUCAAGCUCUAUUGCAUUAUUACGAUAAAAAGACGGGAAAAAAGAGUCGUAAGCCACCACAAUUUGCCAAAAAAGGAAUGAAAAUCGUCGCUCUGAUCGAAACUGCAGCUCCGAUCUGUGUUGAGAGGUUUGCUGAUUAUCCACAAUUGGGUCGUUUCACAGUUCGUGAUGAAGGAAGAACGAUUGGAAUUGGAAAAAUUACCAAACUUUCUCCUAAUAUCGAAGAGAUGCCUGAUGUACAAAAGAUGGCAAUUGCUGAUUCAGCAGCACCAUAAGCUUGGAAUCUUGAAUGCAUUCCUUUAAUGACAAACAUGCUAGAGUGCAUUGUAUACUCUUGCAAGAUAUAGGUGUAAUUUACCAAACUAUCGCACUUAAAUGAUUGCAGAGAUCAGUAGGAAUUUUGUAUUGUCUUGAAAGAGCUGAUAGAUCACCACUUGCAAAGCGGGACGUUGCUGCAGAGUUUUCAAUGGAUAAGAGAGGUUCCUCUUCUUCUCUAGAGUCUGCCAAUAUUUGCUUGUAAGAGCCCGAUGAAUGCGAGUGUAGAGACAUCAUGAAUGAAG